CACCGGCAGAGGGAUAAUCCGCUUAUGAGUUGUACGACCAAUGUCUGCCGAGGCCCCUGCCGAGAAAAUGCAGACAAUGACAGAGCUGGUCAAUCAGGCGGAUAACAGCCUGCUUGAAUGCAAAGUGUGCUUUGAAAAAUACAGCCAGCAGAAAAAACACCGGCCAAGGAACUUAGCAUGUGGACAUGUCAUGUGCCAGGAGUGUGUCAUGUCUCUGGCCCAUCCCCGGAAUUUGAAGUUGGAGUGCCCUUUCUGCCGCAGAGCUUGCAAAUCGUCCGAGACCAGCGACUGCUUGCCGCUGUUGCACCUGAUGGAAAUCUUGAGCCCUUCAGCCAAUAACACACCAGUUUCGGGAAGGACCAUUGGGACAGGUGAGGAUGUGGCUACACCAGCAUCUCAGGGGUUAACAUUUAACCUUUCUUUUGGAGGAUGGGGAACACUGGUCAAUCCCACAGGCAUGGCCGUCUGUCAGAAGUCUGGCUGUGUAGCAGUAGCUCAUGACGGCAAGAAGAGAAUCAAAUUGUUCACUUUCAAUGGGAACUGUAUACAACAGUUUGGAGAAAGAGGAGAGGCAGGAAAUGACAUCAGGUACCCAACUGAUGUCACAGUCACACUGGACGGCCAUGUUGUUGUCACGGACAGUGGGGAUCGUUCUGUCAAAGUCUUUGAUUUUAAUGGCAGAGGCAAGCUGGUCAUAUCAGAAUCGUUUUCUUUACCAUGGGGUCUGGAUACAACCCCUCAGAAUGACGUUAUCAUGACCGAUUCAGAGGCAGGCACUCUGUAUUGUUUGACAGCUGACUUUAAAAAGGGAGAAUUAAAGGGAGUGAAAAAAUUGUAUUCUAACUUGUGCAACCCAAGAAAAGUUGCCAUUUCUCAGACCUUAGGAUCCCUUGCGGUCAUAGAACAUUUGAUGGCAAAAGGACCGAGUUACGGCAGUACAAGAGUGAAAGUCUUCAGUGCGGAUCUGCAGCUCAUUAGUCAAGUGGACAGUUUUGGCCUGAAUCUAGUCUUUCCUUCUAAAAUAUUUGCCAAUGAUGUGACCUUCAGCAGGGAAGGUCAUAUAAUAGUAACUGAUGCCUAUAACCAAACAGUAUUCUGCCUUGGAAAACCUGAAGAAUUCCCUGUAUGUAAAUCCAUGAUUACCACAGGUCUUUCUUACCCAUUGGCAUUAACUUCCACAGCAGAUAAUUCUCUUAUUGUCUUGGAUGGUGGAGACCAUUCUUUAAAAGUAUAUGCUGCUAGCGGAAGCACUUGGGGGGUGCUUUCACACAGCCUGGGAGAAACUGAUUCAGUCCACAGCUUAACAUGAAGGGUAUGUGGGCGUUCUUCAUGCAUAACUCCCCAACUCCUAUGGCAGGGGCAAGCAACUUGUGGCUAUUUCAGAUGCUUUGGCCUACAACUCCAAUCAUCCCUCACUAUUGGCUUUGCUGGCUAGGGCUGAUGGAAGAUGUAGGGUGCAAGUUGCCCACCCCUGUCCUGUGAGAAGAACUGAUAUGAGUGUCCUCCAUGUUGACUAUAGUGAAAUUUUGUGCACCUGAUGUGAUACAGAGUUAAAGCUGCAACCCCCUAUCCACUUUCCUGGGAGAAAGCCCCAUUGGACUCAAUGGGAUGUAUUCCUGAAUCAACGUUUGUAGGAUUGCGCUGCAACUUGGCCAUUCAGGAAUUUUUACAGUUAGAUAUUAAGGAAGCCAUACAUGAACACCUCUGGUACUUUCUGUGUUAGGACCUGGGCAAGUUUGGUUUCUCUUGGGUUUUAGAUGGUCUAUUUGAAGUCACCCUUUGAGCCAGACUGUGUCCACAUAUGCACACACAUAUCACAGCUCUGGUUUUAGGAGAAGAGACAGAUACUGCAUUACGAAAAAAAGUCCUGAUUGAUGAAAUUAUGUGGGUCAUUGGGAGCCAACUUAAGAAACAUCACACCGGGGUGGCAGCAUUAUUCAGUGCUGUUGCUGCUACACUGAAAGCAUCUGCCUGCACCCAGAUGUGUUGCAAUGAUGUCAUGCCAAGCAUUUCAGCGGAACAAACCAGGGCCAAAAGGGGGGCAUGUUCAGGAUGGUGGAGGCAUGGAGAUGACUCACUUCCAAGCCAUUAUAGCAGUUUUUUUUCACAUAAACCUUGGAGCUACUUAAGCUAGUGCAAACCUGCAUGCCUAGGAC